GGAUGUGAUAUACAUCACGGCAUAUCGUUCUAGACGGGCAGGUUGAUGAGAUAAUCCAUCGAGUCAGGUCGCCAGAUCAGAACAGAGUUCCCAUUGCGAGCCAUCGGAUGCAUAUUUGGAGCGGGUAGGGACUAAAAAGGAUCCACCAGAACAGGUGGAAUCGGUAGAUUUGAGCAAAGUGACUGGAGAUACGGAUCGAAGAUUGGAUAUUUCCGGCUGAGUCUAGGAUACUAUAUUUUCAGCUCCGUUUGAGCGCGCAUUAGGUGUAAAGGUGUCUUCUGCGCGGGCGACGUUUCGGCAAUGGUGGACGAGACUUCAUCACCUGAGCACUCUCAAGCAUACAUAGGCAAGAGGAGCAGCACCAGGGAUAGAUGAUCAACAGGUGUGAACGUUAAGAAGCGAGAUUCAGCGCCAACGUCAUUCAGGCGCUAAACAGGAUACAAACGGCGCGAAGUCAGAACAUCCGGAACAGUUUCGGCGCAAAAAGGAUAUUUUAGGGACGGUUUUGGCGCAAAAGGGAUAUACUUUAUCGACAGAUUAGGCGCUUAAGGGAAUACUUAAGGGACAGUUGCCCUAUAAAGGAUACUUCAGACUGGUGACCUUUGCAACAGUUUCGGCGUCAAAAAGGGUCACUUUUUGCACUAAAGGGAUAUUUUAAAAACAGUUUCGUCGCUGAAGGGAAUACUUUAGAUAUUGUUUCGGCGCUAAAAAGGUCAAUUACGGCGCAAAAAGGGGAUACUAAGGAACACUUAGGAACAUUUUUCGACAUAAAGGGAUACUUGAGGAGGAUCUGAGCCCUCUAUCUAAAUUAUCAAAGUCAAUUAAUUUCAAAGCAUGGCGACGAACGGGUCAGACCUUUCGCCGAAUGGUGAAAUCGCGGAGUCCUACAUUCGAAGGGGCUCGCUGAAAGAUAUGCUUAUGGUUCCACGGGACGCCUCCAGACCGAAGUCCCCCGGGGUGGCGAAGAUGAGCACAUUUCAAAAAAAGAAGAUCGACUACAUGUUCGACACGUUAUAUGGCCCAACAGACGGCGACACCGUAUCACGUGAAGAUUUUUGGAAACUGCUGAAGACAGCCUCAACCAUCCGCGACUGGACGCCCAUGAACCCGGGCUUCCGGGAGUUCCAGCUGAGAAUAGCCAGCAUCUGGGCGGGGCUCAUCAAGGGCACAUUAGUAUACAAGGCGGAAGGGAAUCUACUAGUCAUGGAGAUCAAGCGUGAAGAAUGGAACCACUAUUGGGGCGAUUUCGCAGAAGCAGCGCACCUUGCCGGACAAACCUGGCCCGAGUGUUCCAAAGACGGCAGAGUUGACUACCAGUGUCUGAAAGACUUCACAGACUUCAUGUUCAACAUGAUGGACGUAAAUGGCGAUGGCAGCCUAGACAAGAAAGAAUACAUAAAAUGUUUAGCAGCGUUUGGCAUUCCCGAAAACGACAGUGAAGACUGCUACGAAAGAAUCCUGUUGAUCUUAAACCGAGACAAAACGGAUCCGAGCCAGUGCCAGCUAGACGAACCGACGUUUGACAAAUUAUGGUUCGAAUUCCUAACGAGUAAUGACGAAAGGGAGGCUGGUAACUAUCUCCUGGGGCCGAGUCCUGUCUAUUCUUAGGGACGAGAUCGAUUGACUGUUUGCCAAUUGAACAUGUUGGACUGUCUGUGAUGACGUCAUAUAUUUAUCUGGCGAAAGAGCAUCCUUGAAUCGCAAACUUGGUGAAUGCCACAUUCAGCUGACCUAUACCGGUGUGCAAGGGAUUCUGGACCCCAGGCGGAAAAAUUCAGUGAUCAUAUUGCCAGCCUGCAAAGGCAUUUUGUUGUCAAACAACUUCGAAUGACUUAUUCUCAUUGGGGACUUAAUUCCCUUUCGCACCGAUUUUGUGGUUGUAAAGGCUGUACUGGUAGAGCGUUUUUCAGAUAGAUCUGGCCAAAGGUACUUGGCCGAUCACUUGUCACUAAACUGUAAUAGAGUGAUCAAAAAUUGUAAUGUUCCACUGCUCUGGGCACGCGGUGUCAUAGUUGACCAGAUUUAGUUGACACCGUGAGAGAGUAUCGGUACCUUUGGCCAGAACGAUAUGAAAUUUUUUUUUAACCCGUCUGCUUUUUCCAUUUUGAACACUUCCAGCCAAACCGUGGUCAGGUGGGAGUCGCAAAAUGCGCCAUAAUGGAGUUCUUCGUACGUUUACGAAGACAUCCUGUCCAGAACUGCUGAAUCUCACUAAUGAUACUGUUAAGAGUUAACUUAAAGGGGCAACUUGGGCAUGGGAUUUACAUGGCCAGGAGGAUAAUAUUCCUGCUCGACACCAUGCGGCGCCACUGGUAGUAUCAUACCGAACGACCGACCCAUUUGACGCCAUCAAUUAUUGCAGUGAUGGUUCUUCAGUGAUCCUGCGUGGAGAAGUUCCGGUCAUGCUGGAAGUCUUUUUGUAUGAAAAAACAACAUCUCUCAUGCCCAAGUUGUCUCUAUAACUGUACAUGUACAAAUUCUGCCUUACGUGUAAAUGAUAUUUUCACUAAUUAUUAUUUUAUAUUGCGGUACAAGUUUAUAUGAUGAGGGAAAGCGGUUGGAAAGUUCCGAGACCAUUUCCGAAAUAAUGUCGAAAUCCCUAGUUUUCGAGACUGUGUAAGGCACUCGAGGCUGUGGCUACAAAGAAAGCCCACAUACUGUGAUGACGUGUUUAAGCCGGUUUAGAGGCGAAUACACAAUCAGCCUAUGAUUUAACCACUGAUACGCCACUAUGUCUAGAAGCGUAAUGACAUUAUAGCGAGGUUUUGCAAGCUUACGUUUACAUUCCCAAACAAUGAGAGGGAAAAAAGAAAUUGAAAUACUCAACAACAAUAGGCGAGCUUAAACACGUCGACAGUGAAGCUAAAACGCUUGUACAGAAUGUAAUAUUAAUCAUUUUCCCUUCAAAGAAAUGGUCGAGGAAUUUCAACAUCUUCUUUCACAUUGUAAAUAUUAGAGUUAUAAAAGGGCUUUUUAUUAUAUUCUAUUAAUAUUAUAUGCAAUGUUCCACCACCAGCGUGUACCUCUUUGCAAGUGCUGCCACUUAGGCUGGGUUUUUGUCCAUCGUAAUAGAGUCACGUGCGCCAGCAUAGACCUCCUUACCUUUCCUGAGAAUCACACACAAUCCCAGACAUUCUAUGAUAAAGAAUUCUGCGUUUUGAAAUUUAAGCCACUUGGCCUGUGUAAAGCAAGAGCUUAAAGACAUUGGAGUAGGCCUAUAUUAGUUAACAGACUCUUGAUAAUUUCUUAUCUUUUACUGUCCUUGGUUCAGGACGCACCUCAACAGCGGUGUAACAUUUGUGAUUGUCCGCAGUAUUCCAGUGUCAAAAUGCUUGUUCCAUAUAUUAACACAAAAUAUUCAUUUGUUUUUGAAUUGAAGAACAGUAUUUUCUCCCAGGUAGAAAAUUGAAGGGAAAUAAAGAAUUCUCAAUACUCUUGAUACCUUUAGUAGCCCCAGCCAGCAGGAUAGUGAGAGCCAUCUGGUGUUCAGAUUGGUGAUCUCUCAGAUGACAUCUCGGCUAUUCUCGUUCUCCCUGCGCCGAUCUCGAGACCUUCUACUUCUGAUCUUUUGUAUGUACCCACGCGUCGCGACAUGCCUCUGUGUAAACAACGGUGACACCUGGUGGCUAUAUGGAACAUUAUCUUUGGUGACGAUGAAACUUUAUGGGAAUUAAUUUUAAUAAAGAAGUAUGAAAUCAAAA